AUAUCUCUCCCCUCUCCUUCAAUGUGCAGCACAACAACAAAGCAUUCUCUAAGCAAUUGGUAUAGUCAAAAUGGAGGCCAAAUGGUGUAUGCUCUUGACAAUUGCAUUGAUGUUAUUGCUUGUCAAUGGUGAUGAUGAGGUUUCUGUAAAGCCAGUGGUGAAGAUAGUGAAGGGCAAGAAGGUGUGUCAAAAGGGGUGGGAGUGUAAAAGGUUCUCCAAGUUUUGCUGUAAUGAGACUAUUUCUGACUACUUCCAGGCCUACCAGUUUGAGAACCUCUUUGCCAAGCGCAACACUCCUGUGGCACAUGCAGUUGGAUUCUGGGACUACCAUUCUUUUAUCACUGCUGCUGCUGAGCACCAGCCUGAUGGCUUUGGUACCACCGGUGGGAAGAAGAUGGCAAUGAAAGAAGUUGCUGCUUUUCUAGGCCAUGUUGGCAGCAAAACUUCCUGUGGAUAUGGAGUUGCCACUGGGGGACCUUUGGCCUGGGGUUUAUGCUACAACAAGGAACUGAGCCCUGACUCUCUUUACUGUGAUGAAUACUACAAGCUCACUUAUCCGUGCGCUCCUGGAGCUGCAUAUUAUGGCCGUGGUGCCUUGCCUUUGUAUUGGAACUACAACUAUGCAAAAGCCGGGGAAGCCCUGAAGGUGGACUUGUUGAACCAUCCAGAAUACAUAGAACAAAAUGCUACCCUAGCUUUCCAAGCUGCAGUUUGGAGGUGGAUGACUCCAGUCAAGAAAAACCAGCCUUCAGCACAUGAUGCCUUUGUUGGCAAUUGGAAACCAACCAAGAAUGACACAUUGGCCAAAAGGGUUCCUGGUUUUGGCACCACCAUGAAUAUACUCUAUGGGGAUAGUGUUUGUGGUCAGGGUGAUAGUGAUUCCAUGAACAACAUAGUCUCCCAUUACCAAUACUACCUUGAUCUUAUGGGUGUUGGCCGAGAAGAGGCAGGGCCUCAUGAAGUCCUCACUUGUUCUGAGCAGCUUGCUUUCAACCCCUCAUCUUCCUCCUCAACUUCUUGAGCUUUGAACUAAUUAAUCAUGUUUGAAGGUAAAGAAUUAAUAAGGGAUGGAAACUAUAACGUUUUGAGAACAAGUACAAUUGCCGAAGGAAGGGUUAAAUCAUGAAAACCCAAUUGAACAUACAGAAUCUAUUCAUUUUUUUGUCUUUGUGUGAAGAUGAUCUGUCCUAGACAACUGAAGUCUAUAUCGAUACGUGUCUUUGUGUAAAUUUGAGGUUUCUUUUGUCUUCAAAUAUAAGUUGUUUUGUAACUAUGGAAUGUGGAUGGUAAGAACCAUUUUGUGGUUAUAUUUGGUGUCAUUUAUGAAAUUUUAGAAUAUUUUACUUGUA